ACGCCAAGGCAGUUCACUUGACCAUCUCGAAUUCCCGCCCGCCGUCGUCAGCAGCGUGCUCAGCAACGUUUGCACAGCGUGUGCGUCGUGCUCAGACAUUUGACUUUAGGGUCACUUCCUCGUGCUUUAGAAUACCUGCAAGCUCAUAACUACCUUGGGGCAUUGACCGUUUCAAGGUGAGAUUUCGCUUUGAAAUCAUUCGGGACUGGAAUAUCAGAUGCACUCUCGUUGGGGAGGACCAUCGUGCCUCUUACAAGCUCGACGCCGCUAGACCGCUUGUAGAACGAUGCAGACGAUUAAGUGUGUAGUUGUUGGAGAUGGUGCAGUCGGUAAGACCUGUCUGCUGAUCUCCUACACUACGAACAAAUUCCCAAGUGAAUAUGUGCCUACUGUUUUUGACAAUUACGCUGUCACCGUGAUGAUCGGUGACGACCCUUACACGCUGGGCUUGUUCGAUACUGCUGGUCAGGAGGAUUACGAUCGCCUUCGUCCACUGUCAUACCCGCAAACAGAUGUUUUCCUUGUUUGCUUCAGUGUGACGUCUCCAGCAUCGUUUGAGAACGUGAAGGAGAAGUGGUUCCCAGAGGUUCACCACCAUUGUCCGGGUGUGCCUUGCCUCAUCGUUGGCACCCAGAUAGAUUUGCGGGAUGACCCUCAAGUUUUGGAGAAGCUCGCAAGACAGAAGCAACGACCUGUCACAGCUGAACAAGGCGAACGUCUCGCUCGGGAAUUGGGCGCGGUUAAGUAUGUAGAGUGUUCAGCAUUGACGCAGAAAGGCUUGAAGAAUGUUUUCGAUGAGGCUAUCGUUGCAGCUCUGGAACCGCCGGUCGUGAAAAAGAGAAACAAGUGUAUUAUUGUGUAACGAAGCCGAUGUGGAUGUUUCAGUCCUCAUCUUGCGCGCCCCAGUCGACACGUUACUUCACGAGCGCAACGGUUUUACAACACAACCUCCGUGACUUCGGCUCUUUCACACAUUCAUGACAUCACCGUCAAACGGCGCCCUUUGACACUACGAUUUUACCGAUAUAUCCUAUUCUUUUCCUUUCUUUUCUCGUCGAAUCCUGCUUAGCCAACUCACUUAAGACUCACAUCAACCCCGAUCCCUUAUCUGGUCUUACACAACCCUUUGCACUUUACCCUCACUACCGUUUUGUCACCUUCACCUUUCUACAGCCAGGCGAUAGAACGGUUUCCUACCGCGAUUCUGUUCUUUUUCUCGCCUUUCCAUUUGUCCUUUCUUCGAUAUUCUGUAGUUCUUAGCCGGAAUUGGGUAUAUGGGGUUUAAUACCCUGAGCGUUGGAUAACUUGAUGUGGGCAUUUUGAGCUGAGGAUUCCGGCAAGGACUGCAGAGGCUUAAGUUUGCGACUCAGAUGAUGGACCAAGAGCAGCGUUCCACAACAAUCAUAGAA